AUGAGCUUCAACACCUACAACAUCAAGCGCAUUGCGCACAACGUCAGCCGCUCAAGCACCGACCAGACUUGGAAUCCAUUCCGCCAUGUUGCCUGGAAUCAGAGCCGCAGAGGCACAUGGGCGCCCGAUCGCAACGACCGUGACCUAGAAGCCGAUGGCGACGGAUCCGGUCUCAGCCACGCCGCCACUGCGCCUCAACAGAAGACACGUUCGGCCACGACCGACCCGAACCAAGAUCCCGAGCUUACUCAAGUCGCCGAGGAGAAAUCAAUCGGCACCGAUCACACCGCCGCCAAUGGCGUGGCCGGCGCCAAUGCGGCCGGCGUCAGAAACCGCAAGCCCGAGGACGGACCCUCCCGAGUCAUGAGCAACAACCAAGAGGAAGAUGCGGAUGACAGCAAAUCGAAAAAGGUCAAGACGAAUGCGCUAUAUCGUCCCGUCCAUCCCAGACAUCCCUUCACCGUCGCCAACCAGCUACAGCGCACAUUCCUCAACUCUUGGAUCAAUAUUUUGUUGUUUGCCGCCCCCGUCGGCAUCGCCCUCAACUAUGUCAAGAGCGUCAGUCCGACCAUCGUCUUUGUCGUCAACUUCAUUGCCAUUAUUCCUCUCGCUGCUAUGCUGAGCUAUGCCACCGAAGAAAUCGCCCUUCGCACUGGUGAGACCCUCGGAGGUCUCAUCAACGCCACCUUUGGUAAUGCUGUCGAACUCAUCGUCGCCAUCAUUGCUCUUAUCAAGGGCGAAAUUGUUGUCGUGCAGACGUCGCUCAUUGGCUCCAUCCUGUCCAACCUUUUGCUUGUCAUGGGCUUUUGCUUCUUCUUUGGCGGCCUGCGCCGCACGGAGCAACACUUCAACACCACCGUCGCCCAGACUGCUGCGUCUCUCCUCGCCCUUGCCGUCGCCUCCGUCAUUGUGCCGACUGUCUUUGAGCUCAAGACCAAUGCGGCGCAGACGGAAAUCGCCAAGCUCUCUCGCGGCACGGCCGUCAUCCUGCUGCUCGUUUACUUUGCCUAUCUCUUCUUCCAACUGCAUACCCAUCUCGACGUUUUCAAUGAACAGAGCAAAAAGGUUGCUGCUCGGCCGUGGACUCAUGGACAGAGCAUCAAGGAAGGCUUUUCUCACAUGCCUGGUGCUAGUGCCCUUAUGCGUCAUGGCCAUGCCAGCUCCAGCCAAGAAGAACAGAACCUGGCCGCGAUGCCGCUUGAGGACCGCACUCCUCCCGAAGAAGAGGAGGAAGACGAGUCAGAUGACCCUCAGCUGCACUUUUUCGUCGCCAUUGGCACCCUUCUUGGCUCUACCGUCAUUAUUGCGCUCUGUGCCGAAUUCAUGGUCGACUCGAUUGACCACCUGACCGAGACCACGGCUCUGCGAAAGGAAUUUGUCGGCCUCAUUCUGCUGCCCAUUGUUGGCAACGCCGCUGAGCACGCCACUGCCGUGACCGUCGCAGUAAAGGACAAGAUGGAUCUUGCCAUUGGUGUCGCAGUCGGCUCCAGCAUGCAGGUUGCUCUCUUCCUCAUCCCUCUCCUCGUCAUCAUCGGUUGGGGUCUCGGAAACAAGUACAUGGACCUGAGCUUGGACGAGUUCCAGGUAGCCGUCAUGUUUGUUGCCGUGCUUCUCACAAACUACCUCAUUGGCGAUGGCAAGAGUCACUGGCUGGAAGGCUUCUUGCUAAUAUGUCUCUACGCCAUUAUCGCCACUUGCACAUUCUUUUAUCCCGACUCCGGCGAUGGUCGCACCGGUUAA